AUGAAAUUUGGAAAUAACCUAGAACACCUCUCGAUCCCCGAAUGGCGAUGUUACAACCUUGCCUAUAAUGACUUGAAGUACCAGAUCAGACAGAUCACACAAUCGAAACUGACUAACCUUGCACCCCUCCACAAGGCUUUUAUCGAAAACUUCGACUACAUCAACCUCUUCGUACAGACCAAGCAUGGCGAAUUGGUCCGGAAGUUCAACUAUUUUGACUCGUACUUCAACCAGUUAGUCUCGGUGGUAGACACAUGUAAUAAGUCUAAGUUGCGGUCCAUAUUGAUUGAAAUCGAUGAAAUCUUCUAUCAAAUUAUAGAAAUAUCGCUCGUACUAAAGAACCUUUCUAAGUUCAUCCUCAUCCAAAAGAUAGCAUUGAAAAAAAUUUUUAAGAAGUUUCUUAAGUACUACAACCAAGACAAACAAAAAUCGUUGAAAUUCGUGGUAAAUCUCAAAAACUAUUUGCUCUUGAAUAAGUUUUCGUUUAUUAACUUUGACUUGUCGGACUUGACAUUGAAAUUAACUAAUAUUAUUACCUCGAUAAAGUAUGAACAAAAGCGAUUCAACAAUUUAAUUGAUGACUCUCCUGAAGACGCAUAUGCUGAAUCUGAAAUAAAUCAACCACAGACUAAAUCCACUUAUCAUAUCCAACAGGAUCCACCUACCCCUGAUGCAAAUUUUGAUCUAGUGAUUCUUCUUAAAAAGAAUUUUAGUUUGCAUUGUCUUAUUCCAGACGAUCUGAACACCCUUAACGAGUUAGUUUUGAACUUGAACAUUUAUCUUAAUUUUAAGAACUAUAUAGAUACGUCUUAUUCAUUUUUAUCGUAUAUUUAUUUGACGCAAGAGCUGGAUUUGUACGCUGAGCCUUCGUACGUGAUUACACAGAAAAACCUGCCAGUAUCAAUUAUUAUUGGACACACCGGCGGGUUAAGAAAAUACUGUUAUUGUAUUUUACCUAAUGAAGUAGUUCAGCUAUUUCUUGAUCAUUUGAACGAUAGAAAGAAUGACGAUAUUAGAUCCAGGUUGUUUGACUAUUUUCAGGAGAACGAUGUCAGUCCUUUGACAAGAAAAACUCUUGACUCCAUUCUCAAGGGCAAUCGUAAACCUACAAUGAAAUUACUCUGUAAAAGAGCUCGGUAUAUUCUCAAGAAGAGUGGCAAUGAUGACGAUGACGAUGACGAAUACGCUGUUGCCGAAGAAGGCGAAGGGACAUCGUCCGACAAAGUGAAACGUGAAUAUCAAGACGAUUAUUUGGUUACUUUGGACCAUGACAUUUGCACCACUAAUAACACCAAGUAUGCUUCGAGCCUCUCGUUCUUUGACGACGAGAGCAAUGAACUGGAGCAUUACCUGAACGUAUUUGAGAAUUUUCCUCAUAACCAUCUUUCAUUUUAUUCCAACGACUCGAAUUUGUGCAAUUUUGAAAAUUCGUUAGAGACAGAAAUCGACGUAAAGGAUGGGCUUCUUGUCAACAACUACUCGAGCUCAUUGUUACGUAAAUUACCUACAAAGAUCCAGAACUUGAUCACUCUGAAUAAUUCGUUGAGUUUGUUCAAGGGCUUAAAUUUCUACCAGUACAUGAUUUCGUGUUACUUUAAUUUGGUGCCCCGCGGCGAUUACGCCAAAAACCACUAUUCGUAUUUGUUGAACUUGAACUUGUUGAAGAACUUUGAAAACAUUGAAAACUUUGCCAAUCAGAUGAAUUCGGAAAACUCCAUCAUCAAAGCCAAGUCUAACCGAAUUUUACGGCACCAGUUGUCGAUGAAGCUGUUGGACACACGUGCUCAUUACACAAACUUAAAUACGAGUCAUUGCCCCGAAUUUUAUUUGAAAUCCAAACUGAACAAAUCUUCACCUUCUGAAACCGUGCCUAACAAUUCACUUGGUAGCCAGACUUCUACUAGAUUGCUGAACCAGUCGAUUUUCACCAACAACGGCAAAAAUGAUGACGACGAGCCAGACAUAGAGGACGAAAACGAGGCUCUCGCGGGAAUCUCACCAACUGAACUCCUGCGAUUCAGACAAGCACAAUUCGGUGUAGACGACGACGAUGACAUCUAUGGAGACGACGAUGCUGCUGUUGGAAACAACGAUUACUCAUUUUUCCUUCAACCUCCCACCUUCAUGGACAGGAACAAAUUCGUCAACAUCCAGUACCAAUACGAAAUGGAUUACGACCAGACACUCACCUACAUCUACUUUUCGCUCAACAUCUUGUCGAUUUUCCUCAGUGGAAUCGAACUAGGUAUAGUCUACAGUAUCUUCAUGAAAAUAGACGGCGACUCCCAGUUCUUAUUGGUGGACAACGUGUGGCUUGUGUUGGUAUUGGUGAUGGGUUUAUUAUUGUCGCUCAUCUUCAGCAUGAUGAGUAUCAACCUCAUCUUCCAGAGAUACCACCAGGCGCCGCUAUUCCACUCGUUUGUGAUCUGGAGCGGUUUUUCUGUCGUCUGUUUGUGCUGUAUCUGGUCCGUUUUCAUCUUCAUUGAUGCAGGAGGGACUUAGCCCACUGCAGAAUUAAUUACGAAAACAGUUACGUCUCCGAACUUUUUUGAAGACAAUCUCAUCGCAUACUUCCAAAAUAUUAAUGAUUUACUUUGUUCAUUUCUUCAUCUCCCUUUAUUAGUUAUUGCAUUCUAGUGUAGAGAUAAUAUAUAAUAUAAUAUUCA